AUGGAUAAUAAUAUAACACAGGAACUAAUCAACAAUGAGUCGGACGCCGGCAGUACUGCUGUUGGCCGUCAAUUGCUAACAUCGGGUUCACAGCUUUCGGACUCUGACUCCGAUAGUAGUGGUGAUGCAGAAGAGGAUAAGACACCAAAACCAUCGGUUCAUCCAUUGCCACACUUGACAACUACCGCAGAACCGGUGACCGCAAUGGACACGAGUGGUGAGGAGAUGUCGUGUACACUCAUUAAAGCGAUCAACGGCGUGGAGGGCAUGGAUCUGGUGCUACAGAACGUGGUGUCGAGUGUGGAUAUGGGCCGGGAGCUGGAUUUGAAGCAAAUAACCAAGCUAUGUUUGAACAGCGAGUACAAUCCCAAAAGGCUGAACGCAAUGAUAGUGCGUAUACGUAAGCCGCGCACCACUUCGCUGAUGUUCAAGUCGGGCAAAAUGGUGGUGACCGGCGCCCGAAGCGAGCACUUGGCCCGAGUGGCGGCCCGAAAGUUUGCCCGCAUUGUGCAACACUUUUACCCAGACAUCCACUUCCGAGACUUUCGCAUAGUGAACAUGGUGGCCUAUUGUGAUAUACAGUGGCAACUAGAGCUCGAGCGCAUCAACUGUACUGCUGUUGGCCGUCAAUUGCUAACAUCGGGUUCACAGCUUUCGGACUCUGACUCCGAUAGUAGUGGUGAUGCAGAAGAGGAUAAGACACCAAAACCAUCGGUUCAUCCAUUGCCACACUUGACGACUACCGCAGAACCAGUGGCCGCAAUGGACACGAGUGGUGAUGAGAUGUCGUGUACACUCAUUAAAGCAAUCAACGGCGUGGAGGGCAUGGAUCUGGUGCUACAGAACGUGGUGUCGAGUGUGGAUAUGGGCCGGGAGCUGGAUUUGAAGCAAAUAGCCAAGUUAUGUUUAAACAGCGAGUACAAUCCCAAAAGGCUGAACGCAAUAAUAGUGCGAAUACGUAAGCCGCGCACCACUUCGCUGAUGUUCAAGUCGGGCAAAAUGGUGGUGACCGGCGCCCGAAGCGAGCACUUGGCCCGAGACCGCCGGGCUUUCAAACGGGCGUAA